ACACACGAAUACAAAGAGCCAUACGACCUUCGGAUGGCGGUGGGUCCUUUGGAUUCCCUCUGUUACUUAGGUUGCAGUGGUGGGGUGUUCCAUUCUUGGGUGCAGGAAGAAUGAAACCAUGUUCAUCAGGAAGGCCCCUGUUGGCUUUAUCCUUUCAGUAAGGGGCAAGUGUGACACCCAGUGUGUUGUGCUAGGACAGCACAGGAUCUGCCAGGAGAAGAAGGCCUCUGUCUCCGCUCUGCAGGCUGAGGAGAGGCAGCCAUCAACUGUGUGCUCCUUCACGGCUUACCUACUCCUCCUUCACAGAACCCACAGCCUGGAGCACUAACUCCUCUGACCACCCUCGUUGAGAAAGAAAAGUGAAUCCACCGAGGCCAGUGCUUGAACCUCGUGAAGUCCAGUUGGCCAGAGCACCUUUGGGAGAAGCCCCUCAGAGUGAGCACGUUUGUUACUGUGCCCAUCAGCCAUGUCCUUCAGUGCCACCAUUCUCUUCUCCCCUCCCAGUGGCAGCGAAGCCCGAUGCUGCUGCUGUGCCUGUAAGAGUGAGAAUGGCGGAGGCAACACAGGCUCGCAGGGUGGGAAUCCUCCUCCCAGCACCCCCAUCACGGUGACUGGACAUGGCCUGGCUGUCCAGAGCUCUGAGCAGCUCCUGCAUAUUAUCUACCAGCGGGUAGAUAAGGCAGUGGGCCUGGCUGAGGCUGCUCUGGGUCUUGCCCGAGCCAACAACGAGUUGUUAAAACGGCUCCAGGAGGAAGUGGGUGAGCUGAGACAAGGGAAAGUGUGCACCCCUGAUGAAGAUGGGGAGAGCCGGGUCCAUAGUCCCCCAACAGAGGAGCCUGGGCCCCUCAAGGAGAGUCCCAGGGAAGCCUGCAAGACUCUGGCUGCCGUGGAGGAAGAGUGUGACAGUGUGGGCAGCGGUGUGCAGGUGGCAAUCGAGGAGCUCUGGCAGCUGGGGUCAGCCUCAGCAGUGGGGCCUGGACCUUUGGGCUUCCCAGCCUCUCAGAGAGACAUGCGGCUCCCAGGAUGUGCCCUGGCUGGGGGCGAGGGGACCCCUCUGCUCAAUCCGCUGGUGGAUGAUUAUGUGGCCUCUGAGGGUACAGUACAGCGUGUGCUGGUCCCAGCUUAUGCCAAACAGCUUUCACCAGCCACACAGCUGGCUAUCCAGCGGGCAUCUUCAGAAUCAGGGCCAGAAAAUGGAACCAAGCUGCCACCACCCCGCCCUGAGGACAUGCUCAGUGCUGCUGCUGCGUUGGACAGUGCCUUGGAAGAGUCAGGCCCGGGGAGCACUGGGGAGCUGAGGCACUCUCUAGGGGUCACUGCUUCCCCAUGCAGGACCAGAGGGAGCGGGCAGAAGAACUCCAGGCGAAAGCGGGAUCUUGUACUCUCCAAAUUGGUCCACAAUGUGCAUAACCACAUCACCAAUGACAAGAGAUUCAAUGGGUCUGAAAGCAUCAAGUCCUCUUGGAAUAUUUCAGUCGUGAAGUUCCUUCUGGAAAAGCUCAAGCAGGAACUGGUCACCAGUCCCCACAAUUACACUGAUAAAGAACUGAAAGGAGCCUGUGUGGCUUACUUCCUCACCAAGAGGCGUGAGUACCGCAACUCCCUGAACCCCUUUAAAGGCCUGAAGGAAAAAGAGGAGAAGAAACUUCGAAGUCGCAGAUACCGGCUUUUUGCCAACCGAUCCAGCAUCAUGAGGCAUUUUGGACCUGAGGACCAACACCUGUGGAAAGAUGUGACAGAAGAGCUGAUGUCUGAUGAGGAGGACAGUCUUAAUGAGCCAGGUGUCUGGGUGGCACGCUCUCCCCGUUUCCGGGCCCAGCGCCUCACAGAGCUUUGCUACCACCUGGAUGCUAAUUCUAAGCAUGGCACCAAGGCCAACCGAGUAUAUGGGCCUCCCUCAGACAGACUGCCUUCUGCUGAAGCCCAGCUCCUUCCACCAGAACUUUAUAAUCCUAAUUUCCAAGAUGAGGAAGACGAUGGAGGCAAUGAGAACGGACCCAUCUCUCCAUCUUUUGAUGAACCCCACAAAACCUGCUGUCCUGACUUGAACUCAUUCAUUGAAAUCAAGGUGGAAAAGGAUGAGUGAAGUCUAUAACCAAGAAUAAUUCUGGCUUCUGCCACUCUCCAUGUCCCAUAAAUGGGCAGCUGUGGGGUUUCUCAGAAUAAUGAAAUGCCCUCUGUAGUCUGAAAGAAAAUUUGCCUCUCUUCUUAAUACAGUCUCUGCUGGAAGUGGAAGCUCUGGUGGGAUGAAAGGACUAUCUAGGAGGGGGAAAAACUCCCUCACUGUGAAUGGCAAGCCAGAAAAUGCUUAUUUCUAAGCAUAAACAGGGUCUCAGAGGAGCAUGGAAUGAGAAAAGAAGGAUGGGUCUAAGAAACAUGAAGCCUUCUGGACACAUGUUCCCAUCUCUGAGUUAUUUUCCCCUUUUCCCCCCAAGGCUUAGGGGAAGCAGCCCUGGUUGUACCUUUUGCCUCCCCAUCGCUGCUGGUCCAGUUCUGCAGAGGAAGCAGAACAGUACCAGUCCAGGGUAAUACUGCCACCUGGUGGGAAGUUUCAGUCAUGGGCUUGAUUCUUCUGAGCAAAAAAGGUGGGACUCCAUCACUGUUUGGGGAUUGGGAUCUAGAUAUAAUAGCUAUUGUUUAUUGAAUUAAAUAAGGAAGAUUUUAUUAUUCCCAUCUUACAGAUGAGGAAAUUAAA